GGGAGAGAAGAGAGGGACCAAGUGCCUCCGGGGGCUCCCAGGAAAAGCAAACAUCCGAGAGAGCCACAGGGUAACCUGCGACCCAAAAAGCUAAGAUACGACACGGACGUCGACCAAGAGAGUCCGGCCAGCGCGUCGAAGGAAGAGCUGUACGACCUGCUGGAAGCCCGCAUCAGCAACAGCGAAGGCACGUGGGUGCAGUGCUGCGAAGCAAAGUGCAACAAAUGGCGCUACCUCCACAACGUCCCCGACCCUAACGAAGUGCCUGACGAGUGGUACUGCUUCAUGAACAAGGACACCCAGUACAACAGCUGUGCGGCGGCAGAGCAGGACAUGUCCCAAGAAGAGUUCGUAGAUGUCAAGUUCUUUGUUGGCUCCAUCGUCUGGGCCAAGCUGGGCUCAUACCCCUGGUGGCCUGCCAUGAUUGACGAUGACCCCGACAGUUGCCUCUACUUCUGCAACGAAGACCCUUACGACGAGGAUUGUGUGACGCACUACCACGUUACCUUCCUGGACAAGAACGUGACCCGUGCCUGGGUUCGAGAGGAUCACUGCAUGCCACUUCGUCAGGAAGGCAUGCCAGGGAACAAGGUUCCCAAGAAAUACGAGAGAGCUUUCAACGAUGCUGUUGAGAGGGCAAAGCUCGCAGUCAAACUUCCCCUUCCAGAAAGGAUAGCGAAGUACUGCUUCAUCAAUAACUACCCUCCCUUACGAAGUGGAUCUCUGCGACGGACACAAACUAAAUCCAAGCAGCCCAGGAAGAAGUCAUCGAAAUGCAAGACCACCACUCAGCCAUCGACCAGUGACACGCAGCCAGCCAAGCGUCCCAGGGGCAGACCACCAAAGGUGCGGACCGCCGCUCAAGAGACGAUGCAGCAAACGCAGUCAGCAAGUCCAGCAACGACCAGCCAUGGAAGAGCAUCCAAGCCGGCAUUUAAGGGAGCCAAAAAAAGGACAGCAGCUUCUAAAAGUGACGCAAGGCCAAAAUAUCAGUCAGCCACUGAAACCAUGAAAAAAAUGCAGAAGAGGAAAGACGUCGGGGCUCACCAGAAGACCGUGCAGUGCCAGGAGCAGACGAAGAGUGCAGCGGGAGCAACCAUCUUCGUAGCAGUGCUUCAAAAUUUACCUUCAGUGCAACCUCAGAUCCAAGAGGAGACAGCCAUUUCUAACCCCGUCCCAAACGAAGCUUUAAAUACGAAUCUCGUCCAGUGUUUAUCCACGGUUCAAGCAAACCGUUCCCCAAACAAGGAUGAGCAACCAAGGAUGCAUCUGGAAGCUGAAAAGCAAGGACCAGCAAGCCCGAUACAAGCCAGCCAGGUUAAAGUUCAAGUUGACACUUUGCCACUGCUUCAGAGGUUCGGUGCAGCAAGUGAGCAAUCGCGUGUACUGGGACAACUGAAGCCGGCGACCGGAGCUUCUGUCACAAAGUUACCGAAUGGGACACCAGUCUUGUUCGGGACUCCGCCCUUUUUCACGAAAGGCUUGAAAGGCAUCGAGGACGUCAAUCCCCUCAUUCAGUUUCUAGAUGACGACAUUGAAAAAGAUGGCCGUUCCGACGACGGGACCUGCCCAACAGAUGCCGAAACUGAAAUGGUCCCAGCUUCAGUUGCAACAGCGAGCAGAGAGCUGCUUUCGCAACUGAUGUUGAAAGAGUCGACAACGGCGUCGGUGCCACCGUUUGGUGAGGUGUCUCGCGGUGAACAGAGCAACACUACAACGAGGAGUGGAAUGCAGAGUGGUACUGAUCUCAUGCCAGAGGUUUCUCCUAUGAAACAGGUAGAACAAGGAGUCCCAAAAUAUUUCAAAGAAAAAGCAGCUUUCAAAGAAGACAAAAGGAAGACUUGGAGCAAGGCCACGAGAGAAAUGAAUGGCAAGCCCAAGAAACCAAAGAAUUCGGGUGCCAAGGAGCCAACCGCAGACGCUGUUGCCCAACUCUUAAACGAUGCCACAGCACCUGCAAAAUCAGCUAAGGGUCUGGCAGAGAGCGCUGGCAAGGCGACGGCCUCGGUAAGACCAACUGUGACACCCGCGAGGGCACUCGACAAAGUGGCGGCCGAGGUGCCGGCAAAAACAGCCACGACACUGGCGAGCAGCACUUUCAAAGCGACAAUGGUUUUACCGCCGAAACCUGUUGCCAUGACACCAGCGAUGACACUACCGCUAAAGGAAGCUGCAGCACUAGGAAAGCCAACUGCCAAAACGAAAAACAUGCAAAAAACCGUUGCCGCCAAGCAGGCCACACACGAAGCGCCCCAUCAAAAGAGACUGUUCACGGUCCUGACAAAGGAAUCGGUGACAACGCCGCCCGAAGGCUUCGCACCACCGAAAGAGAUGCCAAUUGCAAGGACGAACUCCAACAAAGAUCAGCUGACCUCCAGCAGAUCAUGGACGCCACGUUCGGAAGACAGCGAGUUUGAAGCCUUGGCCGACCUAAGCAUACAGCUGACCUCCAGUGGAUCGUGGACGCCACGUUCGGAAGACAGCGACUUUGAAGCCUUGGCCGACCUAAGCAUAACGUUUGAAAACCUGUCGAGUGCUAAGGGUCUGGCAGAGAUAGCUGGCAAGGCGAUGACAUCGGUAAGACCAACUGUGACACCCACGAGGGCACUCGACAAAGUGGUGGCCAGGGUGCUGGCAAAACCAGCCACAACACCGGCGAGCAGCACUUCCAAAGCGGCAAUGGUUCUACCGCCGAAACCUGUUGCCACGAUACCAGCGACAGCACUACCGCUAAAGGAAGCCGCGGCACUAGGAAAGUCGGCUGCCAAAACGGGAAACAUGCAAAAAACUGUCGCGGCCAAGCACGCCACACAUAACGCACCCCAUCAAAAGAAACUGUUCAAGGUCCCGACAAAGGAAUCGGUGGCAACGCCGCCCGAAGGCUUCGCAGCGCUGAAAGAGAUGCCGAUUGCAAGGACAAACUCCAACAAAGAUCAGCUGACCUCCAGCGGAUCGUGGACGCCACGUUCGGAAGACAGCGACUUUGAAGCCUUGGCCGACCCAAGCAUAACGUUUGAAAGCCUGUCGAGUGCCUCCCAGAAAAUGGAAAAGGAUCGCGACAGUGAUUUUAACUACCUCGCAACAGUGGACUGUUCACAGUUUUUCUGCAAGGAAGAAUAACUCGUUGAAUCCCACGUUCGAGCUCUCAUUCCGAGCAUCUGGUGCUGGGAAGCCUCCCAAACACAUGGUUGCAGUGCCACCGUCGGUGCGUUUUCACUUUUAGUAUGUAAAAGCUCCACAACUGUCGUGACGCGGAUCUGUUGAACCAAGAAUGUUUGUUUGACGCUUGCACUUCUAGCACCAACUUUUUAUUGCAAAACUCACCCAAUUGAAAAGGAAAAAAAAAAAAAAAAAUCUUGCUUUAAUAAAAAGAAAAUGCUCAAAA